UUUCUCGCCAUCCUAUCCUCCAAGUUAUUCCCUUGUUGUUGUCCCAAAGCCUACCGGUGCUCCGCCCGUCUAUCCCACGAUGGCCAAACCAAAGCCAGCCGUCGUAGUGGACAAGGACACAGUCUCUGUGCACUCUCAUCUCUCUAAUUCGCCUCCUUCGCAACACCAUCAUCACGAUCAUGAGCAUCAUCAUACCCAUUCACACUACGAGCGAGAGGUCCAACCGGACGGCACAGUGAUUGAGAAGACCAUCACCGAAGAAAUCAAAGAGACUCCAGCCGGUGAAGAAGGACACGAUCCAUCGUCACAGGAAGAGAAAGGAGGUGCCGGUGCCGGGGCCGGUCUCUCCAAGACUCAGCGAAAGAAGGCCAAUAAGAAGGCAAGGGAGGCUGCUGCUGCUGCUCUUGUCGCUGCUGCAGAAGCUGAAAAGGCCGUCGAAGAGGCUGUGGCUGUUCCUACUACCGUCGUACCUGGAUCUCCAACUCACUCUCACCGAUCUCAUCAUACCCAUCAUUCUGAUCGGUCUCAUCGAUCUCACCACCAUCAUCCAGAGAUCAUCGUCAACGUCAACGCAGCGCCCGCGGUCGCUCCUGUCGCACCUCUUUUCGAACCUCACAAUAUCCCGCUGCCAGCUUCUCGGGCACCUACAGUCGUACCAUCGUCACCUACCGCCUCUGUAAGAAGCAUGCGACUGCCCAAGACGAUCUUUUCGAAAGGAGGUACUGCUGCACCCCUACUUGUUCAGCCUAUUCCAGAGGCUGAAGAGGAGAACGUUAUGGAAGUGGCACCGGGAGAUGAAGUCGUGACCAAGGUCAUCACUACAACUACAACUACACGUCGACCAGCGACUCCGCCCGAAGAAAUCGCCAUUCCGAUGGUCAUGGAUCCGAGUAAAGGUAUCGUGGAGAAUGAUCCAAGCUGGAAGUACACCCCUCCAAAGGCAGGUUCCGUAGCUCCGCCCCCUCCUCCGGCGCCUCCAACUCCACCAGCACCCGAACUCAGCCCUCCUCGAGGCUCUCCACAGCGGUUUGUGGAGACGACUACUGUGGAGACCGUGUCGUACCCCAUCCACGUGGAUACUUCGGCGACGACAUUGGGGAAUGCCACGACGAAGGGACUUGGAGCGGCGAGGUCAGCAUUGCUCACUACGACCAGCGGUGGCAGGACGGGAACGAAGGCUGGUCUCAAGCCGAUCUCGUUAGUCGACCAUGACGAGAUUCUCCGCGCAUCUCCUGUGUCUCGGAAGAAAGCACUCUCACUCCCUGCACCAGAGCCUGUCCCUCUGCCGGCCCUUCCAGACCCUCCUCGAGUACCUCAGACUGUCGCUACCAUGUCAGCGCACCUCGACGUAGAUAGUCGGGGUAACGAACAUCUUCACGCGAGACUGAGAGACCAUACUGGAGUCGUCAAAGACGUCGAGGAGAUGACUGCCGCCCCAACGCACUAUACAAGUUCCAAAGGCCGACGAUAUCGUAUCAUUGAAGAGAUUCCGGAGGAUAAGGUGUUCUCACCAAGCCAAUCUUGGAAGACAAGAGGGGCUGGCAAGUACAAGAUCAUCGAAGAGAUGGACACGGCUCACAAGACGGGCAAAAGGUAUAAGAUCGUAGAGGAGAUCGUGGAUGGGCGAGAUCGAGAAGAAGACGAUGACACUCCAAGUCAAACCAGAGGAGAUAAGAAGAAGCAUCGGAGACCAGUCUAUCGUCCGCUAUCGGAUGCGGCGCCACCUCCAAAGUCCGAGCGAUACGCCUACCCACCCGCACCGACAGACAUCGCCAAGAACGCGAAAGAGCGAUUCUGGAACCGAUUCGGUAUGGGAGGACAACGGCCUGAUCCACCAAUGCCAGGACCAGGAGGGCCAGCAAUAGGAGGCUAUGGAGGGUAUGUUCAUAAGUCCCAUUUCCCUUCUGACAGUUCCAGCCCAGCAUAUCCCCCGCUAGCUCCAUAUCCUACCCCUGGUCCCAUGACCAUGCCUGCACCGACGCCUCUCAUGGGAUCCCGGCCACCAAUGUUCGGACCGCCCAUGAUGAACCCUAUGCUCAUGGGCAUGGGGACGGGUGAAGGCGGAGGACAUGGGAUGGGUGGAAUGGGCGGAGCGAUGGGCCUCAUGGGCAUGCCGAUGCCCCGGAUGGGAAUGCCCUAUGCUCCCGUUGCUGGAAUGGGAUACGGGAUGAUGCCUGGAUAUGGGGGGAGGUUCUGAUACGUAGGGCGGAGGCAGUCGUUCAAAUACUAUCUUGCAUUAUACUCGUAUCUGCUAUCCAAAG